AUGCAGGUUGGAACUCCCCGCAGGACUCCGGCAUGUUGGGCUAUAAGCUAUGUCCCAGCUGGGAAUCUGGUGUUUGCUUUGGUUCCGGUAUUUGCCUCUGCUGUAUUUUUUGUCCAUUUCCAGGAGAAGCGCCGGUUACAGGAAGAGCAAGACAAAGCCAGGAGAGAAAAGGAGGAUGAGAGGCUGAGACAACAACAGCUCAAGAGGAAGUCUUUAAGAGAUCAGUGGCUGAUGGAAGGAAGUCCAUUAUCUCCCUUGUCACCAAACUCCCAGAACACCUUUUCGUCUCUGUGGGGAACUCAUGACCAGGAUAUGGAAGAGCAGAAUGACAAGUUGCAGUCGGGUGACCAGCAGGCGACUGUGCAAGCGGAUCAUGGAAUGGAGGCUGAAAAAGUGUUUGAAACCCGAGCAGAAAUCAACCACAUUGUUUUGGAGAAUGAAGACAUCAUUCCAUUUGGAUCAGAAAAAGCUGCUGAUGAAGACAAAUGGAGUCAGAGUCCACUACAGGGUGAAAAUAACGUUGUUUUGACCAAUGGUGGAGGCAGAGGUGAAGAAAGCAACGAUCACAGCUCCUCUGGGCAGAAUGAAGACAUCACUGCACCUUUUGGAGUCACAGAAGACCCCAACAACAUCAGGGUGGAGCCAGAGAUAAGUGUUACUGUGCCUGCAUGCACUCAGGAUCCCCAUGCCAACAAGAACGAGGAGGAGAAGGGGGAAGAUGAAGAUGGGACUGUGGUGAUAAGAGCAGAGCCUGUGUACAUCACUGAAGACGGCUCUGGGGACCUUUCUUCUCUGAAGAACCAGCAGGAGUCCGCUUUGAAUCCAGAGGGAGUCCAGGAGAUCUUACAUGCUAUGGAGGAGGUGUCAGAAACAGAAGGAGCUCCAGAAACUUCACCAGAGCUGGAGACUGUAGAAGCAGCUGAGCUCACUGUCAAAGCACAGCCAUCAUCUGAAGAUGCAGGAGACAUGAAAGGAGGGUCAGAACCAAGCAGCAACACAGAUGAAGAGGCAGAACCUGAAGGCCAGGAGGAGAAACCAGAAGAUCCAGACAGCCCACCAUCGCAUUUACACACAAAUACUCUAGAGGGCGCCACAGUGGCUUAUGUGCCUACCUAUGCUGAAGCUCCACUAUCCCCUCCUGCGCCACAGUCAGCAGCAGAGACCAAACAUCAAGCACCAGCUCCUCCUCAGGAGGCUGAGGAAGCUGUAAACGUGGAGGAACCUGAAUCCAAGCUUAGUCAGUUCCAGGAGGUGCAGCUGACUGAUCCUGAACCUGGAGAACAGGAGGCCCUUCUGCAGAAGCACCAAGCCCCCAACCUGAGCUCAGAAUCUGCAGGAUCAAACAGCCCCGUCAGCUCAGAGACACAGAGCCCAAACAAAGCUAUCCAGGGAGAGAAAUCCCCCAAACAAAAAACCUGCCAAUGCUGCUCUCUAAUGUAACCUUUCCUCCCAUCGCCCUGCUUUGAUGCAUCCAUUUCAUUUUUCCUGCAUCUGUCAACCUCUAACAGGAUGCAUCUUCUUAGGACUGAUAUUAUUGGGAACAACCAUGUUAUACAAACCAAACAGCAUGGAAGACUCUUCUUAUCCCACAUGUUGCAGAAACCAAAUGUUAUUUUCCUUAAUAAGUAACUAAACAUAUCUGGUAAAACACAUUUUCUUUCCUUUCAAGCUCAACUAUUUUAUUCAUUUGAACAUUUCAUGAGAAACACUAAUUCCAAGUAAAUCUGUUCCCUUUCAUGUUUUACUUUAUCUGGAACAAUGUAGAGGCGUCAUAUGCAGUAUUGCAGAUAUUUGAAAAAUAUCAAUUUAUUCUUAAACGCCUGGAAGUAUGAAUUUAGUGUUUGUGUGAAUUGAUGUACAUAUUGUAAACAAAACCGCCCGUGGAACCACAGAGCUCGACCUCACCGUGGAGUGGGGUCAUAAUUAAACUAACUUCUGUUACUUACUCUGUGUUACUUAUUAUUGUCUCUGCAGGACCUUAUCUGUUCCCAAUAAAAAAAUAAAAAAAAAAAAACUCUAAAUUUGCUCAGAUUAGGCUUCUACCCUGUACAGCAUUUUAAUAAUUUUUAUAACCAUUAAACUUUUCCAAAUAUUACAAACAUCAAUGGUUUUUAUCGGGG